CAACCCGAUUGAUUGGGUGAUCCUGAGAGAAAAGGCUGACAGUAUUACGCCACAAGGGCAUAUUCCUGCUUCUCAGGUAGAUUGGUGAAUAUAUAUGGUGCCCACCAUGGCGUUCGAUCAUUUUUUUAUUACAAUACUGCAACUUGCUAUGGAAAUAUUCGUGGAUAAUUGAUGUUUUUGUGCUGGAACAUCUGCGAGAGACUCCUCCAUAUACUACAUUCUGCGACCGUGGUGUACGAGCCAGACAUAUCAUAGAGCCAUACUGUCCCACCAUAUCCCGGCACCUCCUCGCCAUCUAUGCUGGCAUCCAACGAAGAACGUCCAUCUCAUACGGACUGAGAUACAUCCGGCCGUCUCUCGAAGUAUACCAGACUCCGCUGUGUGAUCAACAGAAUGGGAUCUGCAAAGAUUUGUUAUCAGUUCGCCCGAACUGGGUCCUGCAAGUUCGAGAAUUGUCGAUAUCCCCAUGUGGCUGGUCCGUCAAAGCCUGCCAGCAAGGGAAGCAACUCGAGAUCGAGUGCGCGAAAACAGCCCAGGAAUGAAACCAACGACGUCAACGGCCUUGCCGCUUGGAAGCGAAAAGCCCCCAAGAGCCGAUUGGCUAUACGUCCACUGGGUGCGGAACUGGGCCAGUUCUUCGCAACGGCCAGAAAGCUGAUAGAAGUUGACGACGACAACACAGCCCAAGAAGUGAUCCAAUGUCUCGCCCACGAAGGCGGCCUGCAACGAAUCCAGGAACUCAUUCAGCGUGACUAUUCCCUGAUGCCAAAUGCCACCAAACGAGAUGUGUUCCAAAGGCAGUUCCUCCCCUUUCUCGAGAGUAUCACCCACCAUAAGGUCCUCGCGUCGUUGGUGAUGGAGGAGUUCGUGGUUAGAAUCUACAACUGUAUCUUCGGACCAGCUGGCCAUCGUGCAGAGCCAUUUCUGAAUUAUCUGGCCGAUGUGGUGCAGCUGGACGUUGAGCUCCACGAAGAUGCAACCUCGACUUACCUAGAACUAUCGCUCCUCGUGUUUUGCAAGAUUGUCGAGCUGAACUCGACUGCGUUCAUCCUGGAGCCGUUGAGGCCGGUAGCGAGGCGGUUUUAUGACCUCUUCAUGAUCCUUCAUGCCUUGAAGACUGCUGGGUCACUAGACAGACCGCGGCAUCACCUGGAAGUACUACAACGCCGUCUGGAGAUCGGGGCUGCCCUACCACCUUUGCUGGAAGACUCAAAGCCUCUACAAGCCCAUAAAUCCCAUGCAGCCUUUGUCACUCCUAAAGACCCGCCUGGCGGUCGCCACGACAACGAUCAUGCGGACAUUUGCAGAAUCCAAAUUAUGCCUACUUUCAAGGAAAUAAUGAGUCCGCGUUCGGAAUAUCUCCCUGGAAAAGACCCACACCAGUGGCAUAUUGGUGGUCUCGCCGGGCUCUUGGACCGAAAUUUUCGGCUGUUGAGGGAGGACACCAUCGGUCAGCUUCGAGACGUUAUUCAUGCUGAGCUGAGCCCCAGUCACUUGAGAGAUGUGCGGAAGAGCCAAGUUAGGACAAAUGUCUAUCAGAACGUCCAGGUACGGGGUCUGGGUUUCGAUCGUUUCAUGGGAUUACAAUUUGUCGUCCAGUUUGCACAACCGUUGAAUGUCAGGACCAUGUCGGAAGCUCACCGCAGAGACUGGUGGGAGCUAUCGAAAAGAUUACAGUCCAGUGCCCUCGUCUGCCUCACGGAUCCGCGAGGAUUUGCCAUCUUUUGCACCGUCGCCGGGCCAGAGCGGCCCAGAACGGAUGCGAGGCAAGAACGACGGCAGAGGAAGGUCUCAUCGCUGUGGAAGGAGGCGAAUGUUGCAUCUGUGACCAUGGAGUUAGUGGAACCGACUGAGGAGAAUCGGCAGUAUAUCCUAGAUUGUUAUAGGCCGCGCAACAGUGAACGCGCGUGCUCUCUAAUUGAGUUUCCUGGGAUUUUAUUGCCAUCAUUCCAACCAACCUUAAAGGCACUUCAGUCAAUGAAAAAAGCCGCAGACCUUCCGAUGUCCGAAUUCCUCGCUCCAGACGAGAUGUUUAACGGCCAAGUGGAUAUGCCACCUCCCAAGCAUGCGGCAGUGCCAGGGUUUAGCUUCAACCUACGCUGUCUUAUGAACGACCGUUCGGAUCUCCUAGUGAGCCCGUCGCAACCCCUUGACUUGAAGAAGCUCCAAGAGAAGUCUACUCUUGAUAAUGCCCAGGCACAGGCUCUUGUCCACACCCUUCAGCGAAAGAUAGGGCUCAUUCAAGGCCCACCAGGAACGGGCAAAAGCUUUACUGGAGUCGCUCUGAUCAAGGUCCUACUAGCCAACAAGCCAAAAGUAAAACCACGACUUGGCCCCAUCGUCUGUGUCUGCUACACAAAUCACGCUCUCGAUCAGCUUCUAGAAGGCCUGUUGGAUGAUAAAAUCACGACCCAAAUUAUCCGUAUCGGCUCACAAUCCAAAUCAGAAAGACUGCAGCCACUCAAUCUCAGAACCGUAGUUCGACAGAUUGACAAAACAAAACUGGAGAAGCAGGAGCAGUGGAAGCUGCAAGUGAACUUUGAUGAUUAUGAAAACAGUUUUGACGCACUUAAACUCGAUGCUAUUGGCACCGAUCAAAGCUUGGAGUUCCAUCUAAAGCGAAACCAUCCUCGCCAGUAUAGUCAACUGUUCGACGAGGACAAGGAUGGUUUUCGGAAGGUUUCUGAUCGACGCCGUCAACACCUUCUACAGACGUGGCUCAAAACUGGUCCAGCAACUAAGGGCCAGCCGCGUGCAGUGGACCUCCUCCUUCAGCAGGUCCAUGUAGACAACAUGACGUCCAAGGAGCGCAAGGUUCUAUACAAACAUUGGAUCAGAGAGAGUAGAGAGGAACUCCAUACUCAAGUUCACUCGAUCUUGGCGUCGCACCAGGAAAACAAAGCGUCCUAUGAUAAGAUCCGAGACGAGCUAGAUCUGCGAUGCUUGCGCAAUGCUGAUGUGAUAGGAGUCACAACGACCGGCUUAGCCCGCAAUCUGAACAUGCUGCGCAGACUGCAAUCGAAGGUGAUUAUGUGCGAGGAGGCAGGCGAGGUCCUAGAAGCUCAUCUGCUCACCUCGCUUUUACCAUCGGCCGAGCAUGUCAUCCUGAUCGGAGAUCAUCAGCAACUGCGGCCUCAGAUCCAGAACUAUGGGCUUUCUCGGGAGAGCAGGGCAGGACAACAAUACUCUUUGGAUCGCUCGCUAUUCGAACGGCUUGUCAAACCGGACGAUGACGUUGGCAUAAGUCUUCCAUUCUCUACACUGGAAAUCCAACGACGAAUGCAUCCCUCAAUCGCACAGCUGGUCCGAAGCACAUUGUACCCUCGCUUACGAGACGCACCUUCAGUUAGCCUGUAUCCCGAAGUUGCAGGGAUGAGAAAGAGGCUUUUCUGGCUUGACCACCGACGGCCUGAAGGCAACUCUUCGGUCCAGGAUGCCAUGGCAACAUCUCACUGGAAUGAUCAUGAGAUUGAAAUGACGCUGGCUCUAGUAAGCCAUCUGCUCCGCCAGGGAGAAUACCAAGCAGGAGACAUAGCUGUUCUGACUCCAUAUCUUGGCCAGCUUCACCGAAUGAGGCGUAAACUAAGCCAAGCAUUCACGAUCACCCUAGGAGAAAGAGACCAGGACGACCUUGACAAGGCAGGGUUCGCGGAGGAUGAAAGACCGACAACACCAAGCACAGUGUCCAGAUCAACCCUCCUGCAGGCAUUGAGAGUCGCAACUAUAGACAAUUUCCAGGGUGAGGAGGCAAAGGUGGUGGUGAUCUCUUUGGUGAGAAGCAACGCUCAAAAUCGAUGUGGCUUCCUCCGCACACCGAAUCGCAUCAAUGUUUUGCUUUCACGGGCACGCCAUGGAAUGUAUAUUAUCGGCAACUCGGAAACCUCAAGGGGUGUGGACAUGUGGCAUAAGGUUCUUAACAUCCUCGAAGAACAUGAUAAUUUUGGCACAAGCUUAGAGCUCAGAUGCCCCCGUCACCCUUCUACUCCUAUCGUGGUAUCACAGCCGAACGACUUCGUACAAUUUUCGCCUGAGGGAGGUUGCAGUUUGCAAUGCGGCAAGCGUUUACAGUGUGGUCACCCGUGCAAGCAAAAAUGCCACUCAGAGAUACUUCAUCAGACGGUCUAUUGCCCAGAGACAUGCCCGCGUCCACAGAAAGGAUGUUCCCACCCCUGUCCCAGACUGUGUGGUGACCCUUGUCCCAAGAGAUGCGGCAUCAUGGUAUUUGAUGCAGGCCGAGUCCUACCUUGUGGCCACUCAAUGGCCAGUCUUCCUUGCUGGCAAGCACAGGAUCUCAGCCUGGUUAAAUGUCCAACAUUCGUUAAGAAGCAUGUUCCUCGUUGCAACCACGAAGUAACCAUCGCCUGUCACCUCGAUGUAAACAAACCUGAGUACAAAUGCACGCGCCAGUGUCUUGCUGCUUUAUCCUGUGGUCACAACUGUAAGCGACAAUGCAGUCAAUGUACAAUUCAGACAAAUGAGGGCGUCAAGGUAGAUCAUGAGCAAUGCAAGCAAAGGUGUGGCCGUUUGUAUUCCACAUGUGCCCAUUCCUGCGCUGCAGAAUGCCACGGGGACACUCCGUGUCCGCCAUGUACGGCGCCCUGUGACGUCCAGUGUGGUCACUCCAGAUGUUCUAAGACAUGUUCCGAGCCAUGUGCCCCUUGCGCAGUAUCAAAAUGUCUGUCUGCAUGUCCACAUAGCGCCUGUUCCAUGCCUUGCGCCGCGCCGUGUGAUCACAUUCCAUGCUCUCGCCGAUGUGGGAAACUUCUACCGUGCAGCCAUCAAUGCCCAUCCUUAUGUGGUGAACCUUGUCCAGCAGAGAAAUUCUGCCAAACAUGUGCGACCGACGAAAUUAAGGAUAUGUCUGUAGACUUCAUCUUGGGUCAGACAUACAAAGAGAUUGACCUGGAGGAAAAUCCUUGCAUAUUUCCCCCAUGUGGACAUUUUCUGACCGUGGAAAACAUGGAUGCCCAAAUGGACCUUCGGAAACACUAUGUGCUUGAUGAAAUGGGAAAGCCGUUGUCGAUUUCCAAAUCAUCAGAGCCGUUCUCCAUCUCGGACGUUCCGAACUGUGUCACCUGUCGAGGUUCCCUAAGAAGUAUAUCCCGAUAUGGGAGACUGGUGAGGCGUGCCUUGUUAGACGAAGCGACGAAGAAAUUUAUUCUAUAUUUAAAUCAGAAGUACGUACCUAUGGCUCAAGAGCUUGCCCAAUUGGUGGCUCAGCUGCCAGACCACGAAGGGGCAGCGGCAGCAAAAGCAUUCCAAAAUGACCUUACUCUAAGGGUUCAAGGGCCACCUGACCACCAAAUCCGAUUGAUGCACCAGCAUCUCAGGAAGUAUGAUUCGACAAGAUGGAAAUAUAUGAUCCUCCUGCGCCAUCAGGUUACAGAGUACUACAAGAAAGUCAAGGUGGAGGAGCAGCCCUUCAAUCAAGUACGCAACAUGGUGGAAGAUGCCCGUCGUCGAAAACGAAAAACUGGGCAAUUCGAAUUCGACGAGACUGUGCUCCAGACAAAAGGCUGCAUUCAAGCCGCUUCGCUGUUACUUCGCCUCGAUACAGCGUUGAUUGGAGACUUCCUCUCUUUGUAUAAUCAAACUCCUGGCGGGUCCGACAAAUGCGUUCUCCGCCUUGACCUCCAGGAAAACCGAAAGGAGGCAGAAAAGCUGACGGCCAUGGCUGUCAACUCACAGCGCGUAUUGCAACAGGUCGAGGGCUACCUUUUCGGCGCUCAGCUGUGUGCCCUAGAGCGCCAAAGCAGCGAUCAGCCAACUCGGGCAGAGGAUCUUCUGAAUGAGGGUAACGAGUGCAUUGAACAAGCUCAAAAGCUGUGUACGGCCCACCCUGGUCAGGUACAUGGACUUGCAGACGAAAUCGAGGGUACAUUGAAGAUGCUCCGCGGCGGUACUUUUUACACGCCCGUGACCAGUGAAGAGAGAAUGGCUGUUGUGGCUGCCAUGGCACGGGAAUUCAGGGGAACUGGACACUGGUAUCGUUGCGUGAACGGCCAUUUUUUCACCAUCGGAGAAUGCGGUGGCGCUAUGCAAAUCUCCACCUGCUCGGGAUGUGGUGCACAGAUAGGUGGCCAAGGCCAUCAAACAGUCGCUGGAGUGACCCCGGCCGCUGAUUUGGAAGAGAAUUUGGCCCGGCUAAUAAUUUGAAACUAUGCGAACCGAGAGAUACGGUGGGGGUUCAGUUUGGUGGCUUUGUCUCAUAAGGUGAAGUAGAAGCAAAAGGGGAUUCAUUCUUCACAUCUUGUGAGGGGCGAAGAAGUUGGAAGAUUAGCACGGUAGACAAUGUAAUCACGCAAAGAG